GCGGCUGUGCUGAAGCCCCGCGUCCGCAGCAGGGAGGCGGCAGGCAGGAGAGGUUUGCUCCGGGCUGGAGGAGCUUUAUGACGAGGCUUUAGACACAGAAACCAGACAGACUCCGGCUGGAAAAAACACACGGCAGCUGUAUCAGCACCACAGAAAACUUUCCUGAAGAGACACGACAGAAAUCCACCGUGUUUUUGACUCUUCAAAAUCUCAACCGGAGGACAUAAACCCUACAGGUUCCAGGAGGACGUGGAAAAAGCCCAGAGGAAGUCAAGGAUAAAAGGCUGAAGGAAGUAAGUCAAACCAGGAGAAAAGAUGAAGCGUUCAAAGUACUCACCGCCUGACCCGAUCAAGGCAGCGGUGCUGCUGUUCUACACUCCUCCAGUUGAUCCUGAUCCUACAUCCUUCCUCCAUGUGUUGUUGCAGCCUGGAAACGUUGUGAUCAGUGACGUGCAGAACAAAAGGAGAAAAAGAAAGGCAGAUGAGAUGUACAUAGAGACACCAAUACACUGUAAACUCCAGCCAAAUCAGGAGUACACACUGUCCACGUUUCCUGAGGAUGAAUCAGUUCUAAUACAACCAAAGAAGGCAGAAUUUUACAAUGAAAUCUUUGAUAACUACUUCGCUACUUUUGAAGUGACUUUAGAACAAAUCAGGAGAAAUAUUCAUCUGUCUCUCACAGACAGUAACAGCUCCCUGUGUGUAUGGGAAGGGCAAAUUGAUCUUCCAUCAGCUGCCAUAAGGAAGCCCCAGGGUCAGAGUGCUGUGGGUCUCCGUCCCGACAUGAGUUUGCUCUCUAUACGGAGCAGCUUCAUCAGUGGGGUCUCAGGACCUGUGCUCCAAAGUCUGCUGGACGGGCUUUUAGAGAAAUGGGUGAUAAAUGACUCUGAGCGGGAGGCAGCACAUGGGAUGCAGAACAGAGCAGACAAGGCUUGUUUUGUCAUUGACAUGGUGUGGAGGAAAGGGGAAGCUGCUCGUUCAGAGAUGAUAGCGCUCCUCUGUGACAUCGACCCUUUUUUCUGUCGACAUCUUGGAAUGAGGAGCGAUAAAGAUGAAAUGAUGAUUGAGAAGGUCACAGCUAGCCCCCCCUCAGCCACAGACACUAUGCCAGCUUCUUUUCUCCCCCCCUCCCAGGGAAGUGGAGAAUCCAGCGCCUUGUCUCCUUCUCGCAGCAUGCCCUCACUGAGUGAAACUCCCUCCACAAGGAACAGGAAACGUACACAACAGAAGCGAUCUCAGAGUUUACCUGAUGUCACAUCACAGGACAGCUUUGAGAGGUUCACGCCUGAGAUCUCUGAUGAUGGAAACAGUGAAAUCUACAGGUUCCUGUGCACCAGUCCAGGCCUGUACCAGUGCAGUGUGACAGGCCUGGUGUUUAACAUGAAGGGAGAAGGGGAUGUGACUUACAGGAUCGUCCACUGGGACUGGAGGCUGCUCGCCCAGCGUCACAAGAAGCCUGCAGGACCGCUGUUUGACAUCACAUGCCAGCAGCAGUCUGUCUGCCAGCUUCAUCUCCCACAUUGUGAGAUCAGAUCUACAGGUGCACGUCAGUUCUUGUCAGUGGCUCAUGUGACCGACGAGGGCACCGAGUUCAUUCCUCCACAUGAGAUAACAGAAACUCAUGUUGUUAUCAACAUCACUGGAUUUUCUAAGUAUGGUAAUGUCAAGGAAGAAGACUCACCGCCCGAUCCGAUUGAGGCGGCGGUGCUGCUGUUCUACAUUCCUCCAGUUGAUCCUAGUCCCAUAUCCCUCGUUAAUGUGUUGUUGCUGCCAGGAAACGUUGUGCUUAGGAACGUGCAGAACCAACGGGAGAAAAGAAAUGCACGUGAGAGAUACAUAGAUGUGCCCUCAGAGUGUCAGCUCUACCCAAAGCAGAAGUACGUGCUGUCAGCCUCUCGCAAAGAUACAUCAAUUCGAAUACAACCAAAGAAGGCAAAAUUUAAAAUUGAAAACUACCAUAAUUUCUCGACCACAUUCCAAGUCAUUCUGAAAGACAAGAUGGAAAGUAUUAAACUGCUUCUGAGAAAUCGUGACAGUUCCCACUGUGUAUGGAGAAAGCGGGUUUAUCCUUCAUUAGCUGCUGUCAGAAGACCCCAGGUUCAGGGAGGUCAGGAUCUCACCUCUGUUGAGAUUUUGCGCUCUGUAUGGGAGCCCUUCAUCAACAGGGUAUCAGGACCUAUGCUCAAAAGUCUGUUGGACAGGCUUCAUCACAACGGGGCGAUCAGUAAGUCCGAGAGGGAGGCAGCAGAUGUGAAGCAAAACAAAACAGAAAUGGCCAGAUAUUGUAUCAACACAGUGAUGAGCAAAGGGGAGCGUGCUAGUUCAGAGAUUAUCACAUUUCUCUGUGAGGAAGACAAGUACCUCUCUGAAACCCUUGGGUUGAUGUGAAAACACAACUAACCAAAUAGUGAUCAAGAUAAAAUGAUAAAUGAAGAACUCACCAUUUAAACUCAAUGGCUGCCCAAAACUUCUCUUGUGCCAUAAUGUGAACAUAUCCUAAUGACCAUAAAAUUGAGACUGACCAAAGAAUAAAAAUGGGACGAGGUGUCGGUGUUCCUCAGCACCCAAACUACUGUCAGCACUUCUCCCCUCAGAUAUUCAGCUUGUGAGCGUGUCUGUCCAAAGCACCUUGAUUUCUCAUAGAGGAAACACCGUGAACUCACAGUGGACCCAACCUUGGCUCAUAAUUUGGGUUCUUGUGUCCAGCCUGUGGACUGUAAAAAAAAA